AUGGUGAUGCGAUCAAGCUUUCCGAGGCGUCUGGCCCUCGGUCGCUCAACAAACUACCUCAGAAACCCCUACGCGGCCUCGAGUAGCAGGUUACCCGUAGCGAGUACUCCGAGGAGCUCCGCAUCCACCUUCGACCGCCUUCUCCUCACCACCCGCCCAUCCCAGCGAGCCGUCGCCCCAUUCUCAACGUCAACACGAUGGCUGAAGGAGGAGGACAACAGCUUCUUCGACCGUGCUGUCGAGCCCCUAUCCGAGGAAGAACAAAAGGCGAACCUGAAGCACCAGCGCGAGCUCGAGGAGAAGGAGUUGGCCGAGGCCAAGAGCUCUAACUCCGAGUCAUCCGCCAAGGGCGAGGCCUCGGGAGCUGCACAGGAUGGCAAGGCCGGUAGUGCGGCUGGUGGCUCAUCAGCGGGAUCCGGCGGCGGCGAUGACAAGGGCGACGGCAGCGGCAGACGCGGACGCAGAGCCUCUGACAAGAGCCUGCAGAAGCCCGUUGUGCCCGACGUCUACCCCCAAGUCCUCGCUAUCCCGAUUGCGAAGCGACCACUGUUCCCCGGUUUCUACAAGGCUAUCACCAUCAAGGACCCGAACGUCGCCGCGGCCAUCACCGAGAUGAUCAAGAGAGGCCAACCGUAUGUCGGUGCCUUCUUGUUCAAGGACGAGAACCAAGACGAGGACGUUAUCCGCAAUGUCGAUGACGUCUACGAUACCGGUGUCUUUGCGCAGAUCACGAGUGCGUUCCCCAUGCAUGGUGAGCAGGGCGCCCUGACGGCUAUCCUCUACCCUCACCGCCGUAUCCGCCUUUCGAGCUUGCUGCCGCCGGGAACGGAGGACAAGAAGCCGAGCGAAGCCAAGGUCGAGCCGGUGCCCGAGCCGAUACCUUCGAAGCCCACUGAUGAAGAGGCCCAACAAGAGAAGAAGGGCGACGUCGUUGCCAGCUUCGAGGAGAGUGCCGUGGCCCCCAAAGUCGAGCAGGCGGCGGAGAAGUACGAGCCCACCGCGUUCCUCAAGAGAUAUCCCGUCAGUCUCGUCAACGUGGAGAACUUGACCGAAGAGCCCUACGACCCCAAGAGCGCUGUCAUCCGUGCCGUCACAAACGAGAUUGUCAACGUGUUCAAGGAGGUCGCCACGAUGAACAGCCUUUUCCGUGAUCAAAUCUCAACAUUCUCAAUGAGCCAGUCCACUGGCAACGUGACGUCCGAGCCGGCCAAGCUUGCAGAUUUCGCCGCCGCCGUGUCUUCUGGCGAGCAGGGCGAGUUGCAAGAGGUCCUGUCGAGUCUCAACGUGGAGGAGAGAAUGCAAAAGGCGCUGAUCGUCUUGAAGAAGGAGCUCAUGAACGCGCAGCUCCAGUCAAAGAUCACCAAGGACGUCGAGAGUAAGAUUACUAAGCGUCAGCGGGAGUACUGGUUGAUGGAGCAGAUGAAGGGCAUCCGUCGCGAGUUGGGCCUCGAGUCCGACGGCAAGGACAAGCUGGUUGAGAAGUUCAAGGAGAAGGCCAACAACCUGGCCAUGCCUGAGGCCGUGCGCAAGGUGUUUGACGACGAGAUCAAUAAGCUUGCCCAUCUCGAGCCUGCAGCGUCCGAGUUCAAUGUCACGCGAAACUACCUGGACUGGCUAACGCAGAUCCCCUGGGGCCAGCGCAGCGCGGAGAACUUUGGUAUCCAAAACGCCAUGACGGUCCUGGAUGAGGAUCACUACGGGCUUAAGGAUGUCAAGGACCGCAUCCUGGAGUUCAUUGCUGUUGGCAAGCUGCGUGGUACCGUUGAGGGCAAGAUCAUCUGCUUCGUCGGUCCUCCCGGUGUUGGAAAGACGUCCAUUGGCAAGUCCAUUGCCCGCGCCCUGAACCGCCAGUACUACCGAUUCAGCGUCGGUGGUCUCACCGACGUGGCCGAAAUCAAGGGUCACCGCAGAACCUACGUCGGUGCCCUGCCCGGUCGCAUCAUCCAGGCGCUCAAGAAGUGCCAGACCGAGAACCCCCUGAUCCUCAUUGACGAGAUUGACAAGAUUGGCCGCGGCUACCAAGGUGACCCCUCAUCGGCUCUGCUUGAGCUGCUCGACCCGGAGCAGAACAGCUCCUUCCUGGACCACUACAUGGACGUCCCCGUCGACCUGUCCAAGGUACUCUUCGUCUGCACCGCCAACAUGACGGACACCAUCCCGCGACCCCUUCUCGACCGCAUGGAGCUCAUCCAGCUGUCGGGCUACGUCGCCGACGAGAAGAAGGCCAUCGCCGAUAAGUACCUCGCCCCGGCCGCCCGCGAAGCCGCAGGUCUGGCCAACGCCGACGUCACGCUCAGUGAGGAAGCCAUUGAGGAGCUCAUCAAGUCGUACGCCCGCGAGUCCGGCGUCCGCAACCUCAAGAAGCAGAUUGAAAAGGUCUACCGCAAAUCCGCCCUCAAGAUCGUCCAGGACCUCGGCGAGGAGGUUCUCCCCGAGAAAGAGGCCCUGACCGAGGAAGGCAAGGAGGCGCUCGAGGCGUCGGAAACGAAAGCCGAGGAGGCGCGCGAGACGGGCGAGCAGCCGGCCGAGACGCCGACCGCCGAGAAGCCUCGCGUCGCCCUCAACGUCCCCGACACGGUCCACGUCACCAUCGGCAAGGAGAAUCUCGUUGACUACGUCGGCCCCCCCGUCUUCACCUCGGACCGCCUCUACGAGGUCAACCCCGCCGGCGUGGCCAUGGGUCUCGCAUGGACCCAGAUGGGUGGCGCCGCCAUGUACAUCGAGUCCAUCCUCCAGGCGCCCCUUCGACCGAGCAGCCGCCCCGGGCUCGAGAUCACGGGUAACCUCAAGAACGUCAUGAAGGAGUCGACUACGAUUGCCUACUCGUUUGCCAAAUCCCUCAUGGUCAAGGACUUCCCCGACAACCACUUCUUCGACAAGGCGAGGCUGCACCUGCACGUCCCCGACGGCGCCGUCUCCAAGGACGGACCCUCGGCCGGCAUCACCAUGGCCACCUCGCUCCUUUCCCUCGCCCUCGACACCCCCGUCAACCCCACCGUCGCCAUGACGGGCGAGCUCACGCUCACAGGCAAGGUCCUCCGCAUCGGCGGACUGCGUGAGAAGACGGUUGCUGCGCGCCGCGCCGGCUGCAAGAUGAUUAUCUUCCCCAAGGACUGCAUGUCCGACUGGCUGGAGCUCCCAGAGAACAUCAAGGAGGGCAUCGAGGGCAAGCCCGUGGCGUGGUACUCUGACGUCUUUGACCUCAUCUUCCCGGAACUCGACCGCGAGGCCGCCAACAAGUGCAAGACGUGCGAGUGGAAAAAGGACCAGGACGACAAGAAGAAGAAGGAUAAGAAGAAGAAGAAGAGGGACGACUCUGACGAUGAGGACGACGACUAG